AGUUUUUAUGACGAUUUGAACAUGGCGGCGAAAGACCACCAAUGGAACUUUAUCGUGAAUACAGAUAGACAGAGCGGAUCUGUCCAAACGACACAAUUCCCCCCCUCAGUUGAUAAAAGUUGAUAAAGAAACCUUACUGCAACGUAUAUGUUGUUAAGAGAGGACGAUUCGGAGCCUGUACGGUGUGGGAUUUAAGGGCAAGUUUAGCGAAGUUUCUUUGUAAAUAACCAUAACCGCGUUACAGUGGGAUAAACCUUUUCUAAACUGUAGCUAACGCUAGCUAGCUGAGUUAGCAUAUAGAUAGAACGCGAGAUGCGCUACUUCAGUCUUUAUUCCAUUUCCCCCUGUGUUGCCAUGGUGCGCCUUUUACCUAUAAUAACUGUUGUCACGAACGCGUUCCUGGAUCAGACUUUAUCAAAACGGAGGUGAAGAAAUAUCACGAACGCGAUGUCCGUUCUAGCGAGAUAGCUAACAAUCCGUCAGCUACUUUUGCCGAUGUGUUCGGAGCUAAGCUCUAGCUAGUGCUAAUGCUAAUCCGUUUCACCCAGCACUGUUUUGUUUUUGUUUUGUUGGAGCGGUGCUUCAGUUCAAGUAAAGGAUAGUUAUAUAGUCGGUGUAUUUAACACGGUUUGUUAAGUGAAGUUCCUGUAGGUUGUUUUUAGUCAAGUAAGCGACAAGAAUUGUGGUUUAAUGUGGAAUAAGCCGGCUAUCAUUUGUUAAGUAGACCAACAAUAACAGUUCAUUAACCGCCAUCUAUCUAACAAGUUAUAAGCUAGGAUGUUAUUUUAAAACUGAUAAAUUAAGGUAACUUUGUACACAGCGUCAUUUGUUUAUUAUUAUUAUUAUUAUUAUUAUUAUUAUAAUAAAUACACUGUCGGGUCGGUCGUGUUUUUAAUUACGAAGUUUUCACUUUAGCUAGUUUUUACUGUAGCUAUAAGGGCCAAGUGUUUUCUUCACUUCAUGAGAUUUUGAGAUUUCUACAGACGAGUAGAAGUGAGAGCUGGUGUGGUUUUUUUUUUUUGGUGGGAGUAUUAUUUCCUACACGACACACUCUGGAUAUGGAAGAUCUAAAUCCACGGUACAGCAAACGACUGCUACCAGCCGGUGGGGGUGUGAAGAAGGCUAACACAUUUCUCAGAGACAUGUGAAUCCAGACACUGAAUUUUCUCGAACUGCUUCUCAUGAAAGAUCACAUGAAAAUGAUGUGCAACCUAUCACGGUCAGGAACGCGGCGACGUUACCAUGACGACGGGAUCUCUGACGAUGAAAUUGAGGGGAAAAGGACAUUUGACCUGGAGGAGAAAGUGUACAGUGAUCGCUUCGGUUUUGAUAGAAUCAAACGCAUGGAAGGAAAAGAUUUUACAUUUGAGUUCAUCCAGAGAGGCGGGCUAAGAGAUCCAAUUAUCUUUGAACGACCAGAUGGACUUGGAAUCAAAAUGCCAGGUUCAGACUUCACUGUGAACGAUGUGAAGAUGUAUGUGGGCAGUCGGCGAAUGAUUGACGUGAUGGAUGUGGCCACUCAGAAGGAUACAGAGAUGUCUAUGGCACAGUGGAGGCGAUACUACGAGACCCCGCCUUCUCAGAGAGAGAAGCUGUACAAUGUCAUCAGCUUGGAGUUUAGCCACACCAAACUAGAAAAUUUAGUCAGGAGACCUGCAACGGUGGAUAUAAUAGAUUGGGUGGAUAAUAUGUGGCCACGACACUUAAAGGAAAGGCAAAGAGACUCCACCAACUCCAUCCUUGAAAUGCAGUACCCUAAAGUGCAAAAAUACUGUCUGAUGAGCGUGCAGGGCUGUUACACAGACUUCCACAUAGACUUUGGAGGCACAUCUGUGUGGUACCACAUACUGCGAGGAUGCAAGGUAUUUUGGUUGAUUCCUCCGACACCACAGAACCUGGAGCUCUAUGAGAACUGGGUGCUGUCUGGAAAGCAAGGCGACAUCUUCCUUGGAGACAGGGCUACAGAUUGUCAACGGAUUGAGCUCAAGCAGGGCUUUACGUUUAUUAUCCCAUCAGGUUGGAUUCAUGCAGUGUAUACUCCUUUGGACACUCUUGUGUUUGGUGGAAAUUUCCUACAUAGUUUUAACAUCCCCAUGCAGCUUAAUAUCUGCAGCAUUGAAGACAGGACACGGGUGGCUGCUAAAUUUCGCUACCCUUUUUUUUAUGAGAUGUGUUGGUAUGUGCUGGAACGGUAUGUGUACAGUCUGACCAACACCUCCUACCUCAUCCCUGAGUUUCAGAAACACUCUCUAGGCAUCGGCCUUAAGCGAGAAUUUUCUAGUUCUGAAGCAUUGAAUGGUCAUGUAAAGGAUGAAGAUGAUCCUCCCUCUCCUCCAACUCGGCCAGGGAUGAAAGUUCACAUGACUCCUUUUGAGCUGGAAGGUUUAUCGAAUUUGCUCGGAAAACUAGAAUCUCUUCCCUCACACAAAAAAUGUGUCCCUGCAGGAAUACACAAUGCACCUGCCUUGCUCCAUGACAUGCGGGCAUUACUUAAUGAACACACCAAUGAUAACCCUAAACUUUCAUACACUGGAAGACCCAUUGUUAAAUGGCCAAAGAGGCCCUCCUGGUACCAGCCUCCCCCGCCCCCUGCCCCAGUAGGUCGUCCCAAAUUAGCCACCACCCCAAUCCUCCCUCGUCCAACAAAGCCAGCAUCAGCAAUGUCAGCACUGCGGCGGCGGCGCGUGCGCUGUAAGCGUUGUGAGGCAUGUCGAAGGCCAGAAUGUGGCGAGUGCAAUUUCUGCAGAGAUAUGAAGAAAUUUGGUGGCCCUGGCAAACUGAAACAGACAUGUGUCCUUCGUCAGUGUCUUGCUCCUGGCUUACCUCUCUCAGCGGUAUGUGAAAUUUGUGAAGAAGGGAACCAGGAUCCUGGAGAAGAACUCAUGGAAUGCUCCAACUGUGCACAAAUUGCUCAUCCUGGCUGCUUAAAGGUGGCAGGUGAUGGUUUAGUUAACAAAGAUCUGCCCAGUUGCUGGGAAUGUCCCAAAUGUGUCCUGGGCAAAGACACGGACUCUGAGUCAUCGGGCAGCGGUGAUGACCUCACGACUCAGGAUGGGUCGGGGGGGCUGAGGGGCGGGGCGUGGCACGGGGUCGGGCGGCCCCCUUCCUCUCUGUCACAUGGGCCGCUACAGAAACAAGUGGCGGCCCCAGAGCAGCGGCUCAGGAAGAGGAGCAAAUUGGAAGGAAACAAAUUGCUUAAACGCAAGUCAUCCUCUCUUGAUCAUCGUGUGGCUAAGAUCUAUCGCAGACAUGGAAUGGAUUCAGGCAGUGAUGAUGAGGAUGGAGAAGGAAGAAGGCGGCUCUCUCUCCACUCAAGGGGUGCAAUAUCUGCUCGCCGUGGAUUUGGGUCCAGUAGGCGGGGCCUGUUAAGAGGCUCAUCACAUCGAGGGGGCAGAGGGAUGACCACAAAUUCCUCCUCCCUGAAAAUGAGGCGCGGACUUGGUGCAAGGGGUGAGCGGGGAGGUCGUGUUCGUUUACGAGGGGGGUCCAAAAUGCAGCGGAGGCGUUAUGAAACAGAGGACGACGACGACGAUGACGACGACGAUGAUGAUGACGAUGAUGAUGAGGAGGAGGAAGAGGAUGAAAGUGAAGAAGAAAGACACAUGGGCAGGCAUGAAAGGGAACACCGUUCACGACGGCGGCGCCGCAGAGGUGAAGAUGAUGACGAAGAUGAGGACGAUGAAAGUGAAGAACAAGACUUUGAUGGAGAGGAUGAAGAGAUGGAGGACCUGGAUGAUGGAGCGGAGGAAGAUGAUGAUGAGGGUGAAAACCAUUCAGACUCAGAACCUGACCCUCCUGUUCUGUUUGUCGCAGACUUAAAUGAUGAACUGUUAAAUGGUUCUUAUCUGACUGUCACAUUACAGCGGCCAUCAAAGGCCAAACGGGAUCCUGGGUCUAUUGUACCCAAACUGGAGGCAGCCAUGUCUCCUUGCACUCCUGGUAAUGCUGAUUUACUCCAGCGCAAAUCGCUUAACAAAUUUCGCCAGAAAAACGGCAGCACUGUCUCCACUGGAAAUGGUCUAUCACAACCCAAAGCCAGUCAAGCAUUAGGCCGACAUACACGCCACAGAAGUUUGAACCUUGAUGGUAGAGCAUCACCUUCCUCCACCUCCUCUCGCUCUUCCAUUUCUCCUCCUCCUCCUCCUCCCCUGAUAUCCACUGCUGGCUUCUCCCCUCCUUCCCUCCUCACUCAUCCCUCAUUCCGGGAUGUAGGGAACGAGCCAGGGUGUGAGAAGGAGGUGUGGGUGUCAGUGUUUCGGUACCUGAGCCGAACAGAUCUGGCUGUGUGCAUGCGGGUUUGCAAGGCCUGGUAUAAAUGGUUUUAUGAUAAGCGUUUGUGGACUCGAAUAGAUUUCAGUAGAUGUCGCUCUCUCAGUGGUCAGGCUGUGUCCGCUAUUAUUAAACGGCAGCCUAUCACACUUGACCUGUCCUGGACACCUGUUUCCAAGAAACAAAUCACCUGUCUUAUCCACUAUCUCCCAGGACUGAAGGAUCUGAUCAUGUCAGGCUGUUCUUCAUCAACUCUUUUGGGCUUAAGUUCUCAGAGCCUCCCAUGUCUCCGCACGCUGGACCUGUCCUGGGCUGAAAGCAUCAAAGACGCUCAGCUCAGAGACCUCCUCGCGCCAUCAGGUCAACUGCGUAGUGAAAAUCGCAGCAGGCUGAAAGGUGUGUUAACGUUGCGGCUAUCUGGUCUGGAUUUGAGUGACUCGACACUGAAGCUGAUAAUUAAACACAUGCCGUUGCUGAGGAGGUUAGACCUGUCGCAUUGCCCUGUCCUUACAGACCAGUCCAUCAGCCUGCUUGCAGCUAUUGGCUCUAACACACGCAGCACUCUGAGAGAGAUCACCCUUGCAGGUUGUAAUAAGUUAACAGAUGCGUGCCUAAAUUAUAUGAAGCGCCUCUCGGCUCUCACUCUCCUGGACCUGCGGGGCUGCAAGGGUAUCACGCGACAUGGCUGUGAAAACUUCAUUUCUGACCUUUCCUACUGCACCUUCUUUUGUCUGACUGAGGAUAAACUCAUCCAGAGGAUAUCUUAACACAGACACACACAUACAGCACACAUGCUCUUACACUGGUGUGCUCAACAGGCUCCAUCAUUAAUGCUCCGACACGAUUCUGAGCUUCCUCACUGAGUCUGGUUGAGCAGGUGGAUGGCGGGAAGAGGCUGCGCCCCUGGGGAGAGGAUGGACGCACAGAAUCUGAGGAGAAUUAUGUUCUUUCGUGCCAGGCAUUCGGGCUCAUUCAAAGUGACUUGUAAAGAAGAUACCAACACUCAUGUGGUCGAAUUGGAAAUCAAAAUGUAUUGAUCCAAACUACCUGAGUGACUGAGAGGAGUCCAGUCUUAGGAGUAUUGUGAGAUGUUUAAAAAGAAUGUUGGCUACAUAUAGCAGUUUCAGGUAUGGCUCAUGUUAGGAUACAGUAAACCAGCAUUACCAUGAGUGGGGGGGAAAGGAACCAACCAUGGUGCGAAAUGUUGCCAAAAAACCAAGAGGCAAUGACAUGCACUUAAAUUUGAGUGCCACAAAAUGUAACUCUGACUUUGACCCAACAUCCCACAAAGUCCCAGUUAUGCACACUUCAAUCUUUGACAUCUUGGCUAACCUUUUGUUGUCUGUACGGCUUUACCAACAUAUUCUACUACAGUAAACUGUAUCAACUUCUAUUAAAGCCUCUUUCAUUCUGGUUUUUCAUCUCAAGUUUCCGUUGCUUUUACUGUGAUCUUUAUCUUCAUGUAUCUCUCCCACUUUACCUGUAUUUUUCAGUUUUCUUCCAUAUUACCAUAUUCCUCUGUACAUUUGCUGAGUUGUUUAUAGUGUACAUGCAUUUUUUUUCUUCUUCUGAAGCAAUGUCUUAAGUGCAUCCUGUAGCAACACAACCUUUUUCAUAUUUUUUUUCAAGAAAAGGGAAAAAAAUAAAGUCACAUGUUCUGUGAGA